UGCAGUCAGAAUGGAUUCACUACUUCCUGCUUUGACGAAGAAGACCAGGACGUUUCGACUGGUCCCUAAAAAGUAGUUUUCCUGUGGAACGUCAGCUUCCUGAAGAGACAGAAGCGAGCACACACUCAGAGUGAGUUUGUCUCUGAAGGAGUUCACUUGUUCACUCAGCACACGGGACCUGAGCUCAUUUCAAACCAGGAACAGCGAAGUUUAGUCAAAGGAACAAAGAUGUCCAUGAUGGAGCGUGGGGUCGUCCGGCCAAUUACGGCAGUGGCGUGGACCUCCAACACCAGCACCUGCCCCAAAGACUUCAUCAUGAUCAGCAUCACAGAAGACGGUUCAGCGGCGAACUUCACACGCAGCUUUGCGAUAAAGUCUGGAUAUUACCUCUGUUACAGCAAGGACUUGAAUGGUGGUAUGGUGAUUUCUGACAUUCGGCUUCUCUCAGACAAAGACUCGAUUCCCCAUGGUUACUGCUUUAUCGCAGAGCACCUUGAAGCAAAGGCCUGUGUCUCUAAGAAGAAGCGGGUGUGUGCGCGUGUCGUCCCAGUCGGCAGCGUUGACACAGCUGUGCUGGACAUCAAACUGACAGCCAAAAGCAAAAUGAUGUUGCAGCACUACACAUACGUGGGAGAAAUCAAUGGUUACGUGUUGUGGUGCAAAAAGGGACCGUUUUCUAACCCCAUGCCUCAAGCCAAACCCCGAAGUGUGAGCUUGGACAUCCGCAGAAUCUCACUGGAUCAGCAGUUUCCUCCUCUGCCCCUCAGACCCAGCAACCCCCCUCCACAGCCGUAUGGUAAAAUUAGUCAGAGACGCCGCAGCCUUCAAAUCAAGGACAACUUGGACAAACCUGCUGACAGCAGCAUCCAGGGAAUUACAGCUCUCGAUGGAGUUCCCUUCAGUCUGCACCCAAAGUUUGAUGCCCAGGCGAACGGGACGGCUCUUCAGCUGAACUCUCAAAUAAACAACAUUCGUAUAAAGUCCCUCCAAGACAUUGAAAAUGAGUAUAACUACACAUUUGCUGUGGAGGAAUUUGCUGCCAAGAGGACCAGACCAUCUCUGCCAGCAGGAGGCGUCACAUCAGCUCAGUGAUCUUUGCACUAGUCAAUAUCAGGGUUUCAUGCUUUACUCUGUCGAUGAAGGAUGAUCAAACCUGCAUUUACGUUAGUAAUAUAAAGCUUUAAAGGUCAUAAUUUAUCAUAACGGAGCUGUUGAAGGGUUAUUAAAGGUCACUACUAUUCUCAAUGACACUGAUCAUGUCAUUUGAUGAUUUUAGAUUUCUGUUUUUUUUUUGACAAGAUUUUGUCAAAUCUUUAAACAUUCCAAGUUUCUCUCUGCCAAAGGAAACGCCUGUUUGAAUGCAUGUAAUCAUAACGUCUGAACACAUGUUCAACUGUUUACUUUUUGUAAGAAUGCAGCCUUCAUGGAUGUUAGGGAGUUUAGUAUGUAAUGAAUCUAUGGACCUGUAUAGUAUCUGCUGUGUAUCUGCUCCUCGUCUGCAGCAUCAAGCCCAUCUUCACUUUUACUAAUGUCAUUUUUGAAAAUUGAGAAUUAUGGUGUGUUAAAAAUUAAGAAUGUACUUGCCAUUUAUUUAAGAUGUGUUCUCCUGCUCUGUUGUUAAUGAUGCAUGUGACGCAUCUCGGAAUAUUUUCAAUUCUGAAGUAUUUCCUGAUGUGGAGCUGUAAUACUAUGUCAGUGCUUUGUGGAAGAGUUGCUGCAUCUGAUAAUCUGCAGAUAGACUAACAUAUCUAAAUGUAGGAUGGAGUGGAUUUCUUGUAUUAGGAGUAGCCCAUUAUUAGGUUUGUUGUAUUCCAAAAAAUAUGCUAUUUUAAGGUGAAAGGAGGAAGGUUAUAUAUGUUGCGCUUUGUGUUUGUCAUACUCAAACAAGAUAGGUGGAGAAAAGGGGAGAGAAUCAUUUUUAUAAAUUUGGGCGGGAAUAAGGGACAAAUAUUUGUAUAUGUCCUUGUACAAUAUAUAAUAUAUAAUUUUUUUAGUUUUUACUAUGGUGUUGUAAAGAUUUAUUGCAUGGGGAAAAAAUAAAAACCUAUGAAACCCUA